AUGAAUAAUACAUACAAAUAUGAUGAGCCGUAUCCAUGCACAUUAACAACGUACGAAGGAAGCUUCGGAGUUUACAAUGCUUGUGUAGAAUACCACAAGGAGCAGUUAAGAAUUUUAAACCAGAACAUAGUAAAAAAUGUGAUCAUCCAGGUUUUGCUCUUUGAGCAUCUGAAAAGGGCAACCAAAGGAGAAUGGAAUGGUGGGCGUCAUGACCACGAAAAAGUGCUGAGUAGUAACAAUCUAUAUGUGAGAACAAGGAAUGAUGAGAAAAACUCGCAAAGGGGUUUUCCUCCCAAUCGUCAUAUGCUAUACCUGAACAAAGAAUGCACAAGUCAUGAUGGAGAUUAUCGUACCUAUGGGUGGGAUGCAAAAGAUGGACAAAGUGACACUCCGACAGGUGGCAACAAUGUAAAGGGGAAAGGAUACGUGCUUAACAGGAAUAGCAACAAAACAAAAAAAAUAUAUUAUAAUAAAGGGAUACACAAGAACAGGUAUAUUGAAAGGAGGGAACACAGGAAAGAGGAUCAAAAUGGAGGCAGAAAUAAUACCAUCCCAAGUGAUAGUCCUCGUUGUGUGCGAUUGAAAAGGGGUGAAAGGGUGACAUCUAUGGGGCAUUAUAAUGAAAGUCGUUAUAUGCCGAACGAGCUAAUAAAUAGCCAUGUGUGCGCGGAAGAGCCUUUUUCUGAAAUUACAAAAAGUGUAGAAAAUAUUUCGUGCCAUCUGGUGCAAAGCAGAAGACCCUCCUCGAUUGAGCAUGCCCUUUUAAAUGAUAUAACGACAUUCACAACCCGUUUGGCGCACCCCACCUGUUCAUUGCACAUAAAGAUGAAGGACAUUCUUUUGAGUGUAUUCGUUCCGGAAGGGGUCAAGAAGCAUUUAUACAAGUUGCCUAAUAAUUUUCUGUUUAGUGGUGAUAAGCACGCGUUGUGGUUGUGCAUAUUAGGGGAAGUGACAUGUCGUACAGACCUUCUUCCCACUCAGAGAAAGACAACGAGAAGUCAUUUUUUAAAAACAUUCAUUAAUUAUUUCCAGUCUGCUCAAAAGUGUGGAGACUUAUACGAGUUGGUAAAAAAAACUAACUAUCCAUCGCAGGAAAUGUGUAAAAAAAAAGUGCACACCUGUAUGAAGAAAAACCAUAAAGGAGACAAAACGAGUGUGUCAUUAUACGAAAUGAUGAAAAUAGUUUAUCGUUUGGCAUCAUCAGAGAAGGGUAGAAUAAUUCUUGCAGGCAUUUUCCCCAAACGCAUUCCUUCUCGCCGUGACCUUAUCAGCUGUGAUGAUAUUUGUUUCGAAAUGAAUUUCAAAUCAGAGCGUAUUUUGCUUAUCCCCAUUUUUAUUAGCAAGUGGGAAAUGAAGAAACGUACCUCUGCUAUAUUUAAAGGGACAUGCCAUGUUAACCGAAAAAUUGAUUACGUCUUUUGGGGGCAUAUUCCCCAUCUGUACAAAACCAUGUGUGAUGAAAUAUGUUAUGAAAAGGGUUGCUUUGCGCAGGGUUCGCAAGCGUGUUCAUCAUGUACCGCUUCCCCUUUGGGGGAUCCUAUUUGGGGAAGACAAACACGAGCAAGAAUCAACUCCUUCACCUUUGUGCCUUUUUUAAGUAAACGUAUAGUUAGGCAAAUCAAAAAAAGUUGCAGCAUUUGCUGGUUGUAUGGAAGGGCAAAGUGUAAAACGAAAUGUAGAAAUGGAACCGUAUUGAGAAAGCCCCAAAAGGAAAAAAUAAAUCAUCUGUAUUGUGUGCAUAAUGGAAGAGGUCAAGAUAGUUACCUUAACAAGGGCAACAAGUGGAAUGAGCAGGUCAGGAGCAAAUAUAAAUUUACCCACGCGAAGCCUAAUCGUUAUGUAAUCCAGCUACGGAUACUAAACCAAAGCGUGCAUAAUAAAACAGGUGUUACUCGCCCGAGCAGAAAAAAAAUGUUAUAUUUUAAGAAGGUUUGUAAAGAUAUGGUGAUUGAAUUUUUAUCCCUCAGUGAAGAAAAAGAACAUGUACACAAAUCGUCGGCCUCCAUGUGUGGGGAACCCUCACAUGGCUCAUUAUGCCCUGUCAACAGUGUAGGGAGAAGUAUCCCUAGGAAUUUGUCCAAAUGGGGUGAGGAUCCUACGAGCUACUGCAUUAGCAACAGCGGCGGUGACAACAGUGGGAAUAAUUAUUCGGGUGCAUAUUCAAACAGCAACUGCCGAGGUGACACCCCCAAUAGGGGAGACAGCGCGAGUAAGUAUGGUGGCAUGAAAGGAUCCGGAGGCAGCGGAGGUGGCCUUGGAGGUGCAGGAGGAAGUGGCGACAACAACGACGAUAACAACAAUAAUAACAAUAAUAACAAUCACAAUACUAAUAGGGAUACGUUCCACGACGCGGAGGACGAAGAGCAGGGCAACACGAAUGACAACAAAAACGGCGGUAGUAACAUGGACAAGGGCAGGAACGCUAUUAACAUGCACGAAAUGAAAAUGAACGAUGUGAAUCUCAUGUAUGGAAAUCACGAAAAGGACAGUUCAACCAACAUGAUGAAUGGAAAUUACGUUGAUGGAAAUGCAGGAAAAGGAGACCCCUUCUUUGAGAAUGCGGAAAAUAACAAAGCGAUUGGGGUUCUUAGAAGUGCAUCGAAUAGCUUAAUGAACAAGGGGGGUGGACCCCCCACAGAAAUGAGCAAUUCGAAUAUGAAUUAUAUGCCGCACAUGAAUGGUCAGAGUGGGAAAGGGGCGAUGGGUAACCCAAGGAUGAACAACGUGCCCCCGAAUCAAAUGAUGAAUUUCCCAGCCAUGUUUAUGGGAGCAAAUAUGAUACAACCACAUGGGGCUCAAAAUGGCAUGCAUAAUAGCAUGAAUAACCCUAAUGGGGGUGCAGGAGACCCUAUGGAUAAUAUGCAAAAUAUGAAACAAGCAGCAGGAGGAAUGUUGAAGCACAAGCAGAACCAGUUCAUGUCAUCAGGGCAGAAUGCAAGAGAUAACAAAGUAACCAACCCACAGCAACAUAAUAGUACGGGCAGCAGCAACAGUAACAUGCCCCCAAAUAAUUUCAUGCCCAAUCAGCUGCACCAACAGUUCCAAAUUCAACAACAGAUGCAUUUACAGCAUUUAUUUCACCAGCAAAAUAUGCAUCCCUACAAUAUGAUGCCGCCAAAUAAUUCUGCGAAAUUUCCAACCCAACAGGGUGCCCAGAAACAGUCAAAUGCUUCUAUCCUGAAAAUUCCUCAAAUGCUAUCAUCCAUGAAUUCCCUUGACCGGAGGAGCAACUCCAUUUCGCAGAAGAUGCCUAGGCCUGUAAUGAACCCAAUGGAUCCUUCUAGCAAUGCGCAAAGAAGUGCCAACACGUCAAACAUGCCCUCCAUGAACAACCCACCGGGCCAUGUAAAUCCAAUGUCUUUGAAAUAUCCCUACAAGAAUAGCACCACGCCGCAGCAUAUGGGCAGCCCAGGUAGUGGCAACAACAAUAUAAGUACUAACAGCGGGAACAACCAAACACAGCAGAAUCAUUCCCCUGCGGUGAGUGGCCAACAGCAAUUGGAGCAACAAAACAGCUUGCAAAACCCGAUAAGCAACAUGAACCAUAAUGUAGGCCUCAACAUGAAUCACAACAUAACGAACAAACAGAACAUGCAACAAAGCAUACUGCCGGGAUCACACCUUCUGCCGACCAAGCAGAAUUCACAGCAGAUGCUAAUGCAGUCGCCUGGUUCGUCCAACCAGUCCAAUGUGCAGCCUCUUCUCGCUUCGUCCUCUGCGCAGAAGGUGGCGCCCCAAGUGUUUCAGCACCAGUCGAGUAUGCAGCAGGGCAUGCAGCAGAACUCCCAGCAGCAGAUGGGCCCAAGUGCCAAAAUCAUGAAUACGUCAAGCAUAUCCGGCUCGAUCAAUAGACAACCGAGCCACAUGCCCUUCUCGCAUGUUCCUGUGAACCAGCAAAACAUGCCGCCAUUCAUGCAUGGCAACCCCAUGCAUAUGUACCAGCAACAGUCCCCGUUUUUCCCAAGAGCAUCAUCAACUCCCCAGCAGAUUUCUUACGAUUGGAUGCACAGUCCCUACAUGCAGCACCAGUACAUGCUUCAGCAGUGCCAGUUCACGCCUCAGCAAAUGUUCCUGCAGCAGCAGCAAAAGCAGCAGAGCAUGUUGCACCACGCGCAGCAGAACGUGCCUCCACUGCACCUGCAUGCGCAGAAGCAGGGUCUCUCGCAGAUGCAGCAGAAUAUGGCCUACUCACAGCAUCAACAGCAACAACACCAUCCGCAGCAACAAAUGCAGAUGCAGAAUAUGGAGAACCUACCUCAACACAUGCGAAUGAUUCCACCGCAGCAUGCUAAUAUGCCAUUCAAGCAGAACGUAGCACAGCCAUUUCCACCAAUGUUUAAAGAUAACGUCCUUGCUGGAAAUACCAGUUUUGAGUUUAUGGAGAACAUGAAUGACAUACAAAGGAUGGGAUCUUCCCUGAAGGGUCACAUCCUAGAUGUGAAUAACAGCAAUAAUACUUCCUUGGAAGGAGCAAUUGAAGAAGACAUUUUCGACAGCAAUUAUCACUGCGAUAUAUGUAACAAAGAUAUAACGCAUGCGAUUAGAAUAAGGUGUGCCGAGUGUGUGGACUUUGAUUUAUGUGUAAAUUGUUUUAGUAGUGGAAAAGAAAUGAAGUCUGAAAAAUGUGAGCAUUACAAUUAUCACAAUUACAUACCCAUACCAAAGUAUGACUUCCCCUUGUAUAAAUUGAACUGGAGCGCAGAAGAGGAGCUGUUACUACUAGACGGGAUAAGCAAAUAUGGUUUUGGAAAUUGGGAACAGGUAGCUGAUCUGGUGAAUUCUGCUGCCAAAAUUCCCAAGACGGACAGGGAGUGUGAAAAACAUUAUUAUAAUUUUUACCUGAAAUCGAAUUGUGCACCACUGCCAGAUAAUAAAAGAUUGCUAAUAAAGCCGGAUGGAAAUCCAUAUGAUAUUGAACACGUGACAGAAAAGGAUAUAAACGAAAAUGAUGAUUAUGUACAACCCAAGUCGAAGAAGAAUAACAGGACACAGAUUAUUGGGUACUGGCCACUAAGAGGAGAUUUCGAUAUUGAAUAUGAUAACGAUGCGGAGUUGUUAUUAGCUGAUAUGGAAUUUAAAGAAUCGGAUUUGCCUCAACAGAAAGAGCUAAAGCUGCAAGUGCUUGAAAUUUAUAACUCCAAAUUGGACGAAAGAAUUUACAGAAAGAGGACCGUUAUUGAGAGGGGCCUGUUGGACACCAAGUCACAAAUGCAGAGGGAUAAAAAGAGAACCAAGGAGGAAAAAGAAUUGUACACUGCACUGAAGCCGCUAUCCAGGUUUCAUUCUCCUCAACACCACGAAUAUUUCAUUCAACUACUGCUGGAGGAGCAGAAACUCCGUCAAAGGUUGACCAAACUGCAGGAGUGGAAAACACUGGGUCUACAAAACAUCGAACAAGUGCAGGAGUACGAAAUUGAAAAGAACAGGAGGGCCAAGGAAGCAGUCAAACAGCAACAGCAGCAACAACAACAACAGCUGCAACUACAGCAGCAGCAGCAACAGGAACAAACAGAAAAGGUCGGCACGAAAUCUCUGAAGAGCAAUAAGAAGGAAUGCAAAAUUAAACAAAAGGAGGAAGAAGAAAUGGAAGAUAGUAAAAAAUUGAACAUAGACACCUUUGUCGAACUGGACCUCUUGAACGAGAAGGAAGUGGAGUUUUGUAAAAAUAUGAAACUCCCCAUUUUGUUUUUCCUUCUUAUCAAGAGGCUACUAAUAAUGGAAAUUAGCAAUAGCAAUUUGAAUAUGCUCAAGGAUAUUAACGAACUCAAACUAAAGGGUUACAAGGUGGGCCAACUGUACGACUUUUUCCUCAGCUUUGACAUUAAUCAGAAGGAGGAACUCCUAAACAGCAAUGGAAAUGGGAACCUCAAAAAUUCAUACAUAAGAAAGAAUGAAGAUAAAAGACGAAAACUCAAAACUAAUUAUGACCACAAUAGUUUUAAUCGAUCUGAUAAGGUGGAAAUGGACGACGCGAAUGACAAUGAAGGCAAUGCUGGCGGUGCACCAAACAACACGGGGAACAACUAUGCGGGAGGACCAAACGGUGGGGCAAUUUACGGCCUGAAUGGUAUCACCAGUGCCGUCCCAAGUAUCACUCCAAAUGGUAGUGGUAACGCAAUGGUGAGAGCAGAGAUGCUCAGCGAAAAUUCAGGGCAUACCCUACCGAUGCACGAGGACAGUGCGACGAUUUUGAAUGAACCCAGUUCAACCGGUGACCCACUGAACGAUAAGGACCUGCUGACGAGCACCCAACGAGUGGGAAAAAUGGACGAGAAUGACAACGUAGGGACUCCCAUCGGUAAGGAAAAAAACGCAACGAGUAACGUGGCUGUGAAUUCCGCCGAUGGAGCAGGUACUACCAUGAGGGACAAAAAAUCCAGAGAUAGAAAAGUAAAGAAAGAAAGGGACGACAAAAUGACACAACAAUUGAUAACUUCCAAAGAAUCCGACGUGAUGAGUAGUACCCCUAAGGAAGGGAGUCCAGGAAGCUCAGAAAUUUUAACCACUAGUCAAAAGAAAAAACACCACGCGAAAAGGACAGGUAGUACGGCCACAACCCUAGAGGGGGGAAAAAUUGAGUGUUCGCAUAAUUUGGGAGCCCUUGAGGGGGACAUGGGAGAGGAAAAGAGGACUAGGGAAAAUGCGUACGAUGGGGAAGAAGUAGAAAACAAAACGAAUGAAACAAAAAGUAGGGAGGUAGAAGCGCCGCUCAGUGAUGGAACAUGUGGGGAAACAUGUCCCGGAGGAGAAAAACCCACUGAUAUGAAUGCGAACAGCCUGUACGAUGAAGAAGAUAAGGAGAUGGAGGAAGACUAUGGUGACCUGGACGACGACGGAGAUGAUAGAGAAACAAACGCCGACUUGGACGCAGAUGAAAAUGAAAAAAAAAGUAAAAAGAAAAACACAAAAAAGAAAACAGAAAGUAAAGAAGAAAGUUCAGAUUUAGUCAGCACAAUGACAAUGAAGACUAGUAUAGGGGAUAGCAAUUCUACGAAUGAGAUAUUUAAAAGUUCAAAUAAUUCGAGGAGAAAAUCGGUCGAGAAAACGAAGGAAACUCCAUCACAAGUUAGAAGUAACAGCCAUAGUAAGAAAAAAAUGGGGGAAGCAAGUUUAAGUGAAGAGAAGGAAAUGUCCAGUAGUGGCAUAAUUAACAACGCGGACCUUUCGUCGGGCAAGCUGAAAAAAGGCACUCCAAAGAACGAUGAGAGUCUUAGCAGUGACAUUUUUGAGAACACAUCCAACAAACGAAGUAACAGCAAAUCCAAGAGAAGUAGUGACUACGAUUUAAGUAGAAAUGAGUCGAGAGUGAGCAGCCAUUUUGAUCUGGAAAAUGAAAAUAGUUGUGUGGAAGUAUUUGAUUCCAGCCUAGAUUUGGAUGGAAAAUUAUCCAAAGGCAAAAAGCUGAGCACUCCCUCCCCGUCUUCUUUAUCCACAUUGAGUAAGAAUGAUAAGAGCAGACGUAGCAAAGCAAAGAGUGACAACUUAUGUGUAGAGAUUAUAUCUUCCAGCAUUGAUGCAAAGGAUAACGACCGAAGUGACAGAAGGGCCAAAACCGCUGACGACAGUUUAAAGAAAUCGUCCAAGAAGAGAAAAGGCUCCACCAGUUUGGUGUCCACGUCGACGAAGAAGUCCAUGAAGAUGUGA